AUGGAUGAAUAUCAAGAUGAAAAACUACCACCUCUGACGACUGUUCGCAACUUUCGUGACGUCGCCGGCUUGGUGAUGGGCAUCAAACCAGGACUCUUAUAUCGAAGUGCACAUAUCGAUGAUGCAAGCCGAGAAGAUCUUGAUAUCCUGCGUGAGCGACAUAAAAUACGAUCAGUGAUAGAUCUGCGUGGCAUGCAUCCAUGGCCCAUGAUCUCCACUGUGGGAUUGCCAGCUAAACACGAAUUCGACUAUACACAGCAGUACCCUGAUCAGAUAGCCAGUACGAGCAUACUUGGCCUCAACUUGCACUAUAUCGGCCUUGCUGGUCCGCAAUUCGGCCGCUAUAUAGCAAGUCAAGUGGGCUUCUGGGACAAGGCGAAAGCUUUCGCCGAGAUUGCCAUCUCGCCAGCCAGCGGCAUCAAGAACUGGAAAAAAUUCAUUAACGCCAAAAUGUCCAAAGGCCGCAUGACCGUACACGAGAUCAUCAUCGACCACUCAUAUCCACAAAUCAAAGCUGUCUUCAAGGUAUUGGCAGAUCCAUCAUCAUACCCUGUCUUGAUCUUGAACCAGUACGGCACUGAUCUUGUGUCACUGAUUGUUUCCUUGAUUCUGUUUCUCUUGCACGCCGACACGGAGAGCAUACAUCGCGAUUACAUGCAGACUUACGAGGACCUGGCCAAUCCUCAGUCUACUUUCGCUCCGAAACUCAAGGCCAAAUGCACAAAGCUGCGCAAGAAAUGGUUCUGCUGGUUGCUUGACCCAAGAUUCAGCAACAUCGGACGAGGUUCCUUCCGUGGAACCACCCAGCGUGUGCAGUCAGUCUACGCCGAAUGGCUAUUGGAUCCAAGCGAAGUGGCUACUGAAGCAAUAUAUGCGUCCAUGCGCCGCACUGAUGGACACGUCUCUCUCGUCAGCGCUUGA